AUGGGUGAUCACUACGGCUUCUCCCUCACCACUUUCAGCCCAUCGGGAAAGUUGAUGCAGAUCGAAUAUGCACUGAACGCAGUCAAGAAUGGACAGCCAUCCGUCGGAUUGAGAGCCAAGGAUGGAGUCGUCUUGGCCACGGAGAAUGUCGGUUCGGUUCUCACCGACGAUCAACCGAAGGUUGAACAGAUCAGCAAGCAUAUCGGAUGCGUGUACAGUGGAAUGGGACCAGAUUUUCGUAUCCUCGUGAAGAAAGCUCGUAAAAUUGCCAUGGAAUAUGAGAUGAUGUACGGAGAAGAGAUGCCAACUAUUCAAUUGGUAACCGAGCUUGCAGCAGUCAUGCAGGAGUACACCCAAUCUGGAGGAGUUCGUCCAUUCGGAGCAUCUCUCCUCAUCGCCGGUUGGGAUAAGAACCCAGGCCGCCCACUUCUUUUCCAGUGCGAUCCUUCUGGAGCCUAUUUCGCCUGGAAAGCAACUGCUCUCGGCAAAAACGACGUCAAUGCCAAAACAUUCCUGGAGAAGCGGUUCACCGAGGCUCUUGAACUUGAUGAUGGAAUUCACACCGCUCUUUUAACUCUCAGAGAAUCUUUCGAUGUUGGAAUGAACGAGGGCAAUGUGGAGGUGGCCAUCUGCAAUGCAACUGGAUUCCACCGACUCACCAAGCAGCAGGUCAAGGAUCAUCUUGGAACCCUCUAA